GUGUCGGGCGCGCGCACUGAGCACUGUCUGCUUUCUCUUCAAGACGGGAAGAAAAAAAAAACCGAGUCCACGCGCACUUUCUCCGGCUCGAGCGCCUCGGUGGAGCUCGGAGGAUGCUUGAUAUGCGAGACUCAAGCCAUCAGACACGUAGCGAUGGCUUGUAAAGCAAAACACCGCUGGAUUCCAGCAGCAGAACAUUUAAGAUAGUCAGUGUGCGCGUGCACGCGAACGCGCGCUGCUUGCCAAAAAACUCACAGCGCUCGCUGAGAAAGAGUUUGUCUGAAACUAGUGUUUUUUUUUGUUUUCUUCUGAAGAUUUGUGUUUCAUCCGACACAACUUGAGGCUCGCGGUAUGAGGGAGAGGGCGCUCGUGUCUCGGGUAGCGUCUAGCUGCGGGGUGCUAAUUCGGAGCAGUUGGUGAUGACUGCAAGAUCUAAGCGUUGAGUUGAACAGCAAAGAGACGCCAUCACAUCACAGAGAAAGAGAGGAGGCGGCUUUUUGUGUCUGAAUCAGCAGAGAUUGCAGAUGAGGCGCCGCUAUUGUUUCUCCAAGUGAAAUGGAGAUGCUGUCAAACAACUAAAGCUGUGACAUAAAGCAAAGACAACUUUGAUUUGGGAUGAAAUGCGUGCAUGCCGCUGCACAUUGAGGCAGAAUUCAGUGCAAGUAAUGGAGGCUCAGUUUGGCCUUGGCUAAAGCUUCUCUUCUAGUAUCUCCUCCUUUACACCCUCCUCUCGUUCAACAGAGAGGAGGGGUACAUUUGACCCUCUACAUCAGGACUGGAUAGUCUCAAACAUAAAGAGGCAAACACUUUUGUCGAGCAGGAGGUCAACUGCCCAUGAAGUCCUGCCAGACACUGAGGGAAGAGCUGUCCGGCCUGGAGGCGAUGACCGAAGAAGAGCGGCCAAUGACGCAACCUUCCCAAACGUACAUCCACAACACCUCCGCUCCUCAUUCUGAACUAUCGCCCAAGAUUUACAAGCGAGAAGCUGAGGAUACACCGUACUCCUUGGCCAUCGACAGCACAAUGGCUACAGAUUCGCAAAUGCCCUCAGAGCUGAACCCUGCCCCGAAUCAGCCGUUUUACCGGGAAGGGGCUCCGGCAAAGACUGGAAACGGAGGAACAUCGGAUGAUUCGGAAGCUGACGAUUCAGGAGCCGGAGCGGAGGACGAGUUUAAACGAGGGCAGAUCAUCGUUGAGGUCAACCUAAAUAACCAAACCCUGCACGUGUCCAAAGGAGACGAUGCGGGGAACGCUGCCGGAGAUAAGAGCAAUAGUGAGGAGGAUGAAGAUGAGGAUGAUGAGGAGGAGGAGGAGGAAGAGGACAGUGUUGAAGAGAACUACAGUGAUCUGGAUGAAGAUGAAGAAGAGGAGGAGGAGAAUAAUAGUCGGCGUACAAGAGCACAGCGGGCGCAGAGGGGACGGACCACCGCUCAGCCGCGCCGAAAAAGUCGUCGAGUCGCUGCUUCGAGUGUGACAUCAUCUGGUGUGACCACCAGGGGGCGGAGGAAGCAUGCGGAAGCCCCGCCCCAAAAGUGCAGACCAGCCAAGGAGGCCAAAAGCUCCGCCUCUUCUGCAUCUGGAGCCACACCCACUGGAGGAGGUGCCAAGGGAGAGGGGGAGGAGAAAGAGACGCUGGCGUGUGAAAAAUGCCCGCGCGUGUUUAACACUCGCUGGUACCUGGAGAAGCACAUGAACGUGACGCACAGGCGCAUGCAGAUCUGCGACAAGUGUGGGAAGAAGUUCGUGUUGGAGAGUGAGCUGGCUCUGCACCAGCAGACAGACUGCGAGAAGAAUAUUCAGUGUGUGUCAUGUAAUAAGUCCUUUAAGAAGCUGUGGUCCCUCCACGAGCAUAUCAAGAUUGUCCAUGGAUUCGCAGAGAAGAAAUUUGCCUGUGAGAUUUGUGAGAAGAAAUUCUACACUAUGGCCCAUGUCCGAAAGCACAUGGUCGCUCACACAAAGGACAUGCCGUUUACCUGUGAAACCUGUGGAAAGUCUUUCAAGCGCAGCAUGUCCCUCAAAGUGCACUCGCUGCAGCAUUCAGGAGAGAAACCCUUCCGCUGUGAGAACUGCGACGAGAGGUUCCAGUACAAAUACCAGCUGCGCUCUCACAUGAGCAUCCACAUCGGACACAAGCAGUUCAUGUGCCAGUGGUGUGGCAAAGACUUCAACAUGAAGCAGUAUUUCGACGAGCACAUGAAGACACACACAGGUGAGAAGCCGUUCAUCUGUGAGAUCUGUGGGAAGAGCUUCACCAGUCGGCCCAAUAUGAAGCGGCACCGGCGAACACACACCGGGGAAAAACCAUACCCAUGUGAAAUCUGCGGCCAGCGUUUCCGCUUUUCCAACAUGCUCAAAGCACACCGAGAGAAGUGUUUCCGGGUCACCAGCCCAGUGAGCCUUCAGCCCACCACCAUGACCCUUCCUAUACACCUCACAGGCCACGCCCCUUCAUCAAGCCACACCCCUAGCCCUUCCCAGGCUGCUCAGCCGAUGCCAGUAGGCUCAGUAAUGAUCAGUCCAGCAGUGAGCGGACCACUGCCGCAAAGAGCGGUCACCGCUCACAGCUUCACUCACUUACACAUGCAGACCACGCCCACACACCACUCCCACACCCCUGUCCAUCACACAGGACACGCCCCAAUGACAAGCCACGCCCCUCAGCCAAUCACAGUCCAGCCUUCAGUCCUGCCUCCGCCUCCCGCCCUGUUCAAGAGCGAGCCGAUUAACCACUGCGCGCACGAGGACUCAUACCUGCGGCAGGGCAGCGCUCCACACCACUGAAACACAACAACUCUGUAAGUACUGUGAAAUCAGGUGGAGGGACACCUAAUUACCAUAAUAAAAGCUGGAACUCAAUGUUAAUGUGUGUGCGUAAUACAAAACUGAUACUACAAAGCUACUCGCCACUAGCACUCGUGACCAAACAGGAUUAUUAGAUCUCAAGGACACAAACACAAACGUCUGAAAAGCAUUAUCCGGAUUCACCUCACUUUCCCAACGAUCAAAAUAACAGUGUGUCAUUGGGAUUUCAAUGCCACAAACAAGUCUGACUCUUUAUCAACUCAGCUGCUCUCGCAAAGGUUCUACGGGUUCACAAAAGGUCUACAUUUCAAAACAAAAUGCAGUUUAACCUCUCUCUCUUUUAGAAAUGCAGGUCUUCCCUACAAUGGAAAAUGUUCAUAUUCUACAUGGUGAACAGUAGUCGUCAUAGUCUACAGCACUUAAGCAGUAAACUCAGUGUAGUCCGUAUGACUGAACGUUGGUUUCUUUUGUUUGUUUGUCGCCUGAUUGUGGUUGUUGGUGAUUUUAUUCAAACCUUUCCUGUUCUUUCUUUCAUUUUUCUUUAUUGGUUGUAAGAUUAAAAAAAAAUUAUGCGUACUGGGGAAUGCCUGUAGCUCUCCGCCGUGUUGGGUCGGAGGUUGAGACUGUUAUGGAAGACCAAUGCUGUGAUGUGUCAUAGGAAUGGCGGGAAAAGGUAAAAAACAUUUGUUUUACUGUAUGUUCAAUAUGAUCUAACUCACUUAACCGAUAUGUUUAUUUGUAUAAAGUAGAUGCUCUGUGAGACUUUUUAAAAUGGACGCCAGAUUUCGUUUUUGUUGACGUGAGAUGCGCGAGAAUCUGUGUGAUUGCUUGGAAGAGUUUGUGUUUUGAUCAUGAAUUCAACCGAAUGUAGGAAAGGUGUGUGUGUGUGUGUGUGUGUGUGGUAUCAAAAGCUGCUUUUUAGUUCUCCUGGUACAUGGAUCUUUAUCAUGCAGAUGCGUUUGAUUGAUUGAGCGAGUGUCGGUUGUGUGUAAAUAUAUUGUCGUUAGGAGCAGCACAGAUAAAGUGAUCGAAAGUCUUGAGUCAAUCAGA